CCCACUUGUCGUAACUGCAAAACUCAGACUACUCCCCUAUGGAGAAGAGACGAAACUGGCCAGGUCCUCUGCAACGCCUGUGGUUUAUUCUUGAAACUACAUGGAAGAGCAAGACCCAUCUCGCUUAAAACUGAUAUAAUCAAGUCAAGAAACAGGGUUAAACAUCCCCCAAACUCAAACAACUCUUCCACCACCUCCUCUUCCUCUUCCAACUCAAAC